AUGGCGGCGCACGACAGUGACGGGGAGGAAGAUUUUGUCACCUACGGCAAACCUCUGGAGCCGUACGAAGAGGGAGAGCAGCCCAAGAAGCCCAUACCUCUCCAGGAUCAAACAGUCAAAGAUGAGAAAGGCCGCUACCAACGUUUUCAUGGCGCCUUCACCGGAGGCUUUUCUGCUGGAUACUUUAACACAGUUGGCUCAAAAGAAGGUUGGACGCCAUCAACAUUUGUGUCUUCACGGCAGGGGAGGUCCGAAAAGCAAGUCAAUAGGCCUGAGGAUUAUAUGGAUGAUGAGGAUCUCGGGGAGUUUGGGAUAGCUCCAAAUGAGAUCAUGACUACGGAUGACUUUGCGUCAAAAACUAAAGACCGAAUACGGGAAAAAGCCAGAGAGCUUGCAUCAGUCACGGCUCCAAUCCCGGGAGCCACCAUACUGGAAGAUCUAAUAGCGCCAGGAAAGAUCACAAUGGGAGUGCAACUUUUGCGGCAGAUGGGAUGGAAAGAAGGGCAAGGAGUGGGGCCCAGGACAAAGAGGAGAGCUCAGAAGCAAAAACCUGAAGGUAAUGUGAAGAAGUAUGGCUGUGCGCUGCCUCCUACAGGCUCAGAAGAAUCUGAGGAUGAAGAGGAUGACUACGUACCUGAGAAUAUUACAUUUGCUCCCAAAGAUGUGACUCCUAUCGAUUUCACAGUAAAAGACAAUGUCCAUGGGCUGGGAUACCGGGGCCUCAAUCCUCAUCAGGCUUUGUUUGGCUCUUUUGAUACGCAUGUAAAUCUAUUCAGUGAUGCCUCUGAAAAGACGAGCAGUCUACUAGGUGACGUACGGAACAGCAGAGGGAGGAAGGUCGGGAUCUCUGGCCAGGCUUUUGGUGUUGGUGCAAUGGAAGAUGAUGAUGAUGAUAUUUACCGCAUUGACCCCUUGUCAAAGUACGACACGGUCCUGCGGGAGGAGGAGACUGGAGAUGGACUAUUUGGAUGGACUGCACCAAAGGAGUAUAAGAAUAAAAAAGGCUCUUCAAAAGAGAUUGAGUAUAUCGGCAAAAUGCUGGAAGGCUUUUGUCUGGCGACGCUAUCGCCUCCAUCUAAAAAGAUUUACCCAGCUCCUGACCUCCCGAGGGAUUACAGACCCGUUCACUAUUUUAGACCCGUGAUUGCUGAGAACAGUCAGAAUUCUGCCAUUCUUCAGUCCAUGAUUGGAUCCUCCUCGAAACCCAGUGUGGCACCUGUCAAGGAGCACCCGACCAGCAGACACCAACUUAAUUCUUCCAAGCGAAGGGAGAUGUUGGGAGAAGCUCCACUUCAGGGACCCAGUUCAGUGCUAGAGCUCCUUUCCGAGAAAGACAGGGAACGAAUCCGAGAUGUGAAGCAGAAUCUGGACGAACAAGACUUAAAGGCCCAGAAACUUGCGCAAGAGGCUUUAAAGAAGCGCUUUGAGUCCUCUGCCGUAGCGGAGAAGGACAACAAGGCCCAGCAAGCUCUGCUUGACAGACGACUGGUGCCAGAGAAUGCUGAAGAGUUUCGACCUUUUGAUAAAAAUCCAGAAAAGCAAAAGAGAUAUGAAAACUACAUUAGGAGCCUUCACACGGAACAAAAAGAUGCUCUGGAGUGCUGUCUAGAUUCCAGCAUGACAGAAUGGGAGCGUUCCCGUGAGCGAGAGGAGUUCAUGCGAUCCGCCAUGCUUUAUAAACCCACCAACUCACAUCUCUCCUCUCGGUUCACUCGAGGAAAACAUGAGGAUGAUUCAGAAACAGUUGAAGUACCGCGGGAUCAAGAGGGUGACGUGAAUGACAAGGCUGCGGCAGUGAAAAUGAAAAUGUUUGGGAAGUUGACGAGGGAUAAAUUUGAGUGGCACCCGGACAGACUGCUGUGCAGACGCUUUAAUAUCCCCGAUCCUUAUCCAGGAUCAACCAUCAUUGGGCUUCCAAAAAUCAAAAGGGACAAGUACUCCGUCUUCAAUUUUCUAACUGUUCCUGAAACACAAGCAUCAACUAAUCCCAUGACCUCAACGAGACCCGAGAAACUACAGCAGGCUUCUGAGAACAUGUCAAAGAAAUCAUCCAGGUGGGAUGUGUCGGCUGCUGAAGAAAAGAAGACGGACUCCAUCAGUGAGUUUCUAAGUCAAGCUCGUAGUAAGAGUGAAGGAAUAAAAGAAGAGUCCAACACAAAACCGAAGGACUCUCUACAGUCUACAGAAGCUGCUAUUGCCCCGGCCCAGGGUUCAUCAGGGCAGGAUCCAGAAGAGGAAGAAAAGAGGCCGUCUAUCGAUUUGUUUAAAGCAAUAUUCGCGAGCUCUUCCGAUGAGAAAUCUGCCUCGUCAGAUGAAGAAAGCGAAGAGGACUCGUCUCCUGCUCCCAACGCAGAAGCUGAGACCAGCAAAACGGAGACUGCAGCACCGUCCAGCGUACAAGGUGAUGCACCUCAAAAGUACUGGCCCCAAGGAGAACCUGAACCGACAGUAAAGCUUACGGCUCCUCCUGCUGUUCCUGCGGCAAAGGAAGAUUUGGAAAAAAUGGACACGGAAGAAUUUGGUCCUAAGUUGCCACCUGUUCCUCUAUCUGGUGGUCCUCCAACGUCAAGCACUUACUCAUCAGGGAGUCUGAAUGAAGCCGCUAAGAAGCAGAAACCUAAAAAACACAAAGAAAAGCACAAGGUUAAGAAGGAACAUAAACACAAGAAGGAAAAGAAGAAAAAACACAAAAAGCAAAAGCAUAAAAAUAAACAAAAAAGUAGGAAAACCAAUGAGAAGAGCACAGACACUGAUGACAGCAGCGAAAGCCCCAGUGACAACGAGAACGUGGCGGACAUAACACCCAGAGAGCUUCUGAAGAGAUUAAAAAAUCUUCCAAUUCCUCACUCGCAGCAACGAUGAAUCCGUCAGUCAGUGAAUGGAUCUUCACGUCUUUCUUUCCGAGCCUAAACGCAAAGCUUUCUGUAAAUAUAUUUAUGUACAUGAUCAUCCAUGUAAAUUUUGUAUAUUUUAAAGGGAAUAAUUUCUAUGAAAUAAAAUCAGGACUUUGUCG